AUGGAGUCGACGGAUCACGUAGCUCCACUCCUGGGAUCGAAUGGAGCGAUCAACGCCGAUUCCUCGCGAUCCUUGGCGCCAGGGCACAGGAGAGCAGUCCAUGGCGCUGCUAGGUAUUUGCGGCAGGCCACAGGGCGGCGGCCGAUGCGCGAGCCGUCGAUGCUCGUCCGCCAGACCGCGGCGGAGCAGCUGGAGGAGCGGCAGAGCGAUUGGGCCUACUCGCGGCCGGUGGUGGUCCUCGACUUGAUGUGGAAUCUGGCAUUCGUGGUGGUAGCAGUGGCCGUGCUCGUCAAUAGCAAGGAGGAGCGUCCAGAGACUCCUCUCAGGGUGUGGAUCGUGGGCUAUGCGGUGCAGUGCCUCGUCCAUAUGGUGUGCGUUUGCUCGGAGUAUAGGAGGAGGAGGAGAAGGAUUCUUCGUGGAGGAAGUGGUCCCGCCGAGAACACUGUGGCGCAUUUGUCCGCUGGCUCGGAGUCUGAGAUCGACAUGGAGGCUCAGUCUAGCGAAGAAGAGAGCUUGGUUGAGCAAGUCAGGCUUUCAGUGGUUUUUCUAGCGUUUGAUGUCUUUUUUGUCGUGUUUUGCGUAGCGCUCGCAUGUGUUAUUGGGAUUGCCAAAGAAAUCUUUUUCACGUUCCAGGAGGGUGCGUCGGAAGAAGACAUCAAUCUCAUUCCCAGAUUCAAGUUUCGUCGCUCUGGGUCCAUCGAUACAUGCAUUAUUGAGAAAGCGGACAAAGCUCCUUCCCUCGGUGGAAUCAUGGCGCUGGUUGGUUCGUCGGAUCCUAGCUCUGAACGAGGCUUGUCUUCGGAAGAUGCGGUAAGGCAAUCGUUCCUUUUCGGAAAGGACUUGACCAUUUCCAUGGACCAGGAAUGCUGCAUCUGUCUCUCUCCAUAUGACGAUGGAGUUGAGCUCCGGGAGCUUCCUUGCAAUCACCACUUCCACUGUUCUUGCAUAGACAAGUGGUUGAGAAUCAACGCGACAUGCCCGCUAUGCAAGUUCAAUAUCAUUCACAACAGCUCGGAACGAAGAGAUGACGGGUAG